GCAGUCUUCUCUCAGUCACCAUCCUCUCUUUAACUUUCUAAUCUUCUAUCCACUUCCUUUUUCUCUCUCCACAUGCCAACGAAGCAUUAGCUAUUGAAAAUCUAAACCCUUCUCCUUCUUCUUUUUUUCCUCCUUCCUCUACUUAGAUUACUUCUUCUUCAUUCUAUGAUUCAUUAAUCCAGAUCUUGCUUGAUUCAUGAUAUAAAAAAUAAAACAUACUACUUUUAGCUCUGAGUUGUAGUCUUUGUCUUGAUGACUAAUCAAAUCGAGAUCUAGUCAAUAAGACAUGUUCUUAUGUAUGGUGAGAUGAUCUUAGAUGUUUCUGAGAUCUGACUCUUUUCUUUUUUUUCUGUUGAAGUUUGACUAAUAGAUCCAGAAGAAGAUGUUUAAGCAGAUUCUUGGGAAGCUUCCUAAGAAACCUUCUACCAAGUUUUGGGACAACAGUGAGUCCCAAACUCAAGGUGAUGAAGUUUCAACCCAGAGACCAUCAUCAAAUGGAGAUACCGUUUCUGUUGAAGUACUCCCAAGGUUAAGAGAUGUUUCCAUCUCAGAGAAGCAAGAACUCUUCCUCAAGAAGCUUAGGUUAUGCUGUGUAGUCUUUGACUUCAUCUCCGAGCCUCAAGGUAACCACAAGGAGAAAGAGAUCAAAAGACAAACACUUCUCGAAGUUGUGGACUAUGUUAUCUCCUCAGGGAACGCAAAGUUCCCUGAACAAGUUAUCCAAGAAGCUACAAACAUGGUUUCAACUAAUCUCUUCAGUACUCAACAAUGGAAGAACAAUAACAAAACUCAAGAAGGUGUAGAUCUUGAACAAGAAGAACAAGAAGGGUCUUUAAACCCUUCUUGGCCUCACUUGCAGAUAGUUUACGAGUUUCUCCUAAGACUCGUUGCAUCUCCCAACACAGACGCCAAGAUAUCCAAGAAAUAUAUUGAUCAUACAUUCGUUCUCAAGCUCCUAGACUUGUUUGACUCUGAAGAUCAUAGAGAAAGAGAGUAUCUCAAAACUAUACUUCACAGGAUCUACGGGAGGUUCAUGGUUCACCGCCCUUUCAUCAGGAAAACUAUCAACAACAUCUUGUAUGACUUCAUAUUAGAGACUGAAAAACACUCCGGAAUCGCCGAGUUUCUCGAAGUGUUGGGAUCAAUCAUCAACGGAUUCGCCUUGCCUCUCAAGGAAGAACACAAGCUCUUCCUCACUAGAGUGCUUGUUCCUCUGCACAAACUCAAAUGCUUACCUAACUACCAUCAACAGCUUUCUUACUGUGUUAUACAGUUUGUUGAUAAAGAUUGUAAGUUAGCUGAUACUGUUAUUAGAGGGUUGUUGAAGUACUGGCCUGUUACUAAUAGCUCUAAAGAGAUCAUGUUCUUGAAUGAGUUGGAGGAGAUUCUUGAAGCAACUCAGGGAACUGAGUUUGAACGGUGUAUGGUUCCUCUCUCUCGCCAAAUUGCUCAGUGCUUGAGUAGUUCUCACUUUCAGGUAGCAGAACGGGCUUUAUACUUAUGGAACAACGAUCAUGUUAGUAACUUGGUGAGACAAAACAGUAGAAUCAUUUUACCGAUAGUGUUUCCCGCUUUGGAGAAGAACGGUAGUAGCCAUUGGAAUCAAGCUGUGAAAAAUUUGACGGAGAAUGUUCUUAAGGUUAUGUCUGAUACAAAUCCGGAACUGUUCCAAGAGUGUUUGCGGAAGUUUCAAGAAGAUCAGCAGAAUGCAGAGGAUAACAAGAAGAAGAAUGGUGAAACAUGGAGACAGUUAGAGGAGAUUGUUGCUGCAAAAGGACACACAUCAAUGGAGAAAAGCUGAAGAAGUGAGACUUAAAAGUUAAAACUCAUUUCCUACAAGAAGGCCUUCAGAGAGCUUGCAAUAGCUGAUUCCCUCAGUUAGACAAGAACUGAGACUGCUUCUUGCUCAAGCGAGUUUCUUUGAAUGUGGAGGCAUGGCUUAUAGGAGUUUGCAUCUUGUUGAAGCUUGUGAAUCUGAAUGAACAAGAGAUAAGCUGUUUGAAGAAGAUACCGUGAUCCAACCUUUUUCUCCAUGUUCUGAUCAUAAAUCUGGUGUAGAUCGCUAAACCGGAUCUAUUUGUUGAUUUAGUUCUAUUUUGGGGCUUUGGAUUUCAAUUCAGUAUAAUAAAGUAGUAUAGAA